GCAAUCGAAAGAUAGUCGGCAAUCUAAGAUAGGUUUCAGUCUUGGAUAGCAGAUACAUUAUUAAUUUCGGGCGUAAAUCAGUACGAAAAUCUCCACUUAAAGUUGACGCAUUGCGUAGUUAGGUUGCCGCCAUUGUUGCCACGAUAUUUUGAAUUUGUUUUAUUGCUGCCAACAUUUCGUUUUUUAAAGUUUUUAGCCACAAAUGAUUUUUCUGAUUUCACAUCAAAAACUGUACUCAUGAGUUAGUUUUAAUAGCAUCUGCACUAAACCUCAUGCCUGAGUGUUCAAUGGCCAUGAUCAUUGGGCUAAACUUCUCCAGAGGUCCCGCCAUGAGCAAUGAGCUAAUCCAAUUUUUAUUUUUUGUGCCGUUUCUACUAACUGUGUAACGUAUACCGUCAUAGACUCACUUGUUUCCAAGCGAAUUUAAAUUAGGGUCUUCAAUAAGCUGAUUUUACGCGCGUAAAUGGGUGUCAUCUAACAAAGACUAGCUUAUUCCAAAUACUUUUCACUGUGGUUUCGUCUUUGAUGUAGACGUAAAGGGAUGGAUCAAUAGUCAAGAAUCAUCUUUGCUCUGGCUUUUUUAUCACUUUCUUAAUGCAUCUAGUUCCUAUUCACUAGACAAGUCGACUCCUUCUACGAUGAGAAACUUCUCGACUGCAAACGCUCAGUCACCAUAAUUUUCACGCCCCUUUAAUUUUGGGACGUUAACAGAGAAAUUUCCUGCCAUUAUGCUACACUUCACUAUUUAAACUAAUUAUUUUAUGGGGUCUAGGUCCAUAACCUGUUACUUAAUAUAAAACUACUCAUCGCGUGGUUUCGAGAUAAAAUUAUACAUAUAUUUUUAUUUAUCAAUUAUAGACUAUUAUAUUAUUAGGGAUGACAUUCUGUAUCACAUACAAAACGAAUAUUUUAGAUAUCCAAUAUUACACCCCCACUAUAACUAAAAUAACUUUAAAAAUCUUAAACAUUACACACUACUUGGAUUAAACCCAUGUUUUUAUAAAAUUAUAAUGCUUUUUAGCACACAAAGCCUUGGUGAAAACAUCGGCUGGUAUUUCAGACGUCUUUUUUAUGGCCCUCGAGCACCUGGCGCCAAAUUUCAGCAGCUUGUUCUCCGCCUGUAUGGUGCAGGGCGUCUUCCCGGCGCAUUGGAAAACCGGAAGCUCGUCCUGCUGAAAACUUAUUGACAUAAUUUCUGUUGAUAGUCCUAAAUAAAUAAAUGUGAACUGGUUUUACAUUGGAAGCAUUCCAAACUAUAAAAAUAAAUCAGAUUUAAACACGUCCAAAAAUGUUUUGUCUCAAUAUAGAUGAGAUGGAAAAGAGAAACGGUUUAUAUUGAGAAGAUUAAAAAAGUUUUAUGAGCGAAUAGUCACUGGCUUAAAUAUAAACUCCGAUUCGUUAGAGGAGGCAAAUGAAAGUUGUUAUGUUACUAACAGCCAUGAAUGGCAGCUGGAAAAUAUCUGUGGGAUACUUAUAGUAGCGUCCGUAUCUGGCGAACAAAAAUGGAAUUUAGUAAAAAAGUGCCUAAAGUUAGCACACGAAACCGGUGUUUAAGUUGUGACACUAACUUGUGAUGGCCCAUCUUUCCAUAUCACCAUGUUAAAAGAAUUAGGAUGCGAUAUUAGGCAUAACCAAAAAAAAGUAUCGUGAAUACCUUAACAGUAGAAUAAUUCGUGUAUUUCUUGACCCGUGUUAUAUGGUGAAACUUAUUCGGAACACGUUUUGUGAAUAGGAACAUUUUUACAAAUGAAGCCAUGAAAAUUAAAUUUAACUUCAUAGAAUAAUUAAUUGAUUUACAAGAAAGUGAAAGUUUACAUUUACGCACCAAAUAUACGAAAUCGCAUUUUGGGACUUAGAAGGGCAGCGCAACAAAAAUGAGUUUGCGUUACGUUAUAUUACGUUACGCCCCUGCUCACACAUCGCUGCUUGUAAGCGACUUCUUGGCCAAAAACAACACACUAAUGAUACCGCAGCCACCGUACUCCCCAGAUCUGGCCCCCUGUGACUUUUUCUUGUUCCCGAAACUGAAGAGGCCCAUGAAAGGACGACGCUACGCCACGAUUGACGAGAUAAAGACGGCAUCGAAGGAGGAGCUGAACAAGAUACAAAAAAAUGAUUUUUUGAAGUGCUUCGAAGAUUGGAAAAAACGUUGGCCACAAGUGUAUAAUAUCCCAGGGGGAUUACUUUGAAGAGGACAAAAUAGAUAUUCACGUAUAAAUAAAUAUUUUUUGAAAAUACACAAAAUUCGCGAUACUUUUUGAACGCACCUCGUAUAAUUUUUAUUGAUUGCUAAAGUGAAAUUUAAUUUGGAGUUUAAUUUCCCGUUAGAGUUCAGGCUCCCAUGUAACAACGCAAACUCUACAAAUAGGAACUCAGAAUUUGAAUUAAAUAGUGCCAACAUCAUAAAUAAUUUAAAUACAGAAAAGGAGCGCUUCGAGGCAACGGUGAACCAAAAGCUUAUAUAAUAAAUUAACUUGUGGAAAUUUAGACCCGCACUCAGUGAAACCUACCGUAACAAUUGAUCUCACCGAGGAUGACUCACUAUUUAAUUAUAAUCAAUCUAAUGUACAUAAAUUGUCAUAAAAAGAUGAUUAAAUACAUAAAAUUAAGUAAAUUUAUUAAAAAAACAAGGAAGUUAGCCGAAACCAAAAACAGUUUGCCAAGAAUAUAGCACUAAGGAAGGAACUGUUAUAACCCCCAUAUGAUAAGAAAAUAGAUGAGGUUACAAAACCCUCUCUUCACAAAAGAACCCAUGCAAGUGCUAUGCACCAUUUUGCAUAUAUAAAUACAUAAGAACUAAGGAUUCAGUGUUGCAUGGUACCAAGGUAUUUAAAGUAAUUUGAAGUGCGAAAGCUGAUCCUGUUGCUGUACAUCUGUUGCUCAACAUCAUCGUCUUCAUCAUUAUCAACUAAACGGAGCUGAUCUUACUCCCAUAAUCCUCAUGUUGGCGUUUCUGUGAGUGAAUAUUUGUUUCCCAAAACCGUAAUUAAAAAGUGCAAUCGAAUUAAUAGGCAUGUGGCGUAUCCGAACGCCACUCGGUAUGCCUAUGGACAAAAACUAAACGUGAGUAUUGUCUACGAAUAGGGAACUUACACACGGAACACGGAGUCCGUGUCUCUAUACAAACAAAUGUUAAAAUAAACCAUACAAGAAGACCGAAUUUUUAUUAUUGUCAGCCUCAAUACAGUGCUCGCAGAAAAACCUGCAUCCAGCGAUCCCAAAGGCAUUAUCGAAAAUCAGAAUUUCCUACACGUCGCAAACACAUUGUUGCGUGAACCAUACGCUAGAGGCUGCAGUGUUAUUGUUUAUUUUAAGCUUCCGGACACCGUUUGAUAAAUCUGCAACUUAGUUAUAUCACAUGUAGAAGAAAUAAAGGAUAUAAAUGGCUCUAUUAACUCUCUUCUCUAAACUAUGGCUAAUAAACCUGAAACAAGAGAGGAGACUCAGUGUCUCUAAGAGUGAAGAAGAUUUUGGCAGAAAUGUACGGGAUAUCCUUCUUGACAUUAUGCCAUGUGGAAUGCUUUGCAAGCAAGCUGGAAGGAUAUUUCACAGACAACCAAUAAAUUAAUCGCUCCCAUGCCGAGAUUGACGAAAAAAGUAAUCAAGUGCAAAGGGGGAAAAUUUGAUAAAAAAACAGUUAAUUUUCUUUUUAUCUUUUUUUUUCAUCUGUUGUCAAUAUGUUUUAAUGUUUCCUUGUGUUUAAUAUGGUACAUGUAUUAAUAUGAUUAUUAAACCACUUCUUUUUAAUCUUUUGAACAUGUUGAGUUUUAUUUAAUUUACCUGUAUUAGAUUAAGAUAUUUCUAAUGAAAUAAAUAGAUCUGUAUCCGCCACAAAAUCCCAUUGCACCUUAAGCAGGGACAAGUACUGCCCCCUCGAACGUGCAUUAUGCACUUCCUAUUCAAUUCAAGUAACGGUCUCGAACGCAAAGUAAUUUAAGUCUUAUAUUAAAAAUUAGCUCAAAUCGAAGAAGGACGAUCAGUGAUAGUGCUCACCAAUCAUCAGUGCUGGGUACCCAAGGAAACGAGCGCCGCUGCGAGUGCAGGUGAGUGGUAAAUACAGUCCACACAUUACCAUCCAUCGAAGGUCUAAUAGUUUUCCUAAACAGUCAUUACAGUGAUAAAAUAUUGUUUUUUGACAUAAAUAAAUUUAUAUACAAUUGUAGAUUUACAUCGGUUAGACAGGGGCGUAGCUACCGCCGUAUCUGCCGUACCAAUUAUACGGGGCCCCCGGGCCACGGGGGCCCCCAAAGUGUGUAAGGAAAAAGAAAUAAAAACUUCCUAAUUUAUUUUAUUUUACAAAUGACAAAAUUCUAUAAAGCAAUUACUUUUUAUCCCGCCUUAAGCGUGCGUUCAAAAGUUGGCAACACUCUACAUCGUUAUGGCGGGCUGCGGGACUGCCCCGUUUUACUUACUUCAUCUGCAACUCAGCGGGGAAUCCCUCAAUAAUAAAAUCGAUAUCGCGAUGUACGUGUACGUACAUACUCUACAUUGGAUGUUAAACCACGGAGUGCAGUGCAGUGUUUAUUUACGCGUUUUAUGUAAUUGUGCAUUACAUUAUCCCAGCGAGCAGAUUAUCCCAGCAGUGUUGAGAAAAGAAAAAGUAAACGAAAAAGGGAAGAGGUUAUAAAAAAAGUGCCCAAAAUUUCUUCAUUUUUUCGGAGACAAGAUACUGUGAGUGAUUUAGAUUGGAAAGAUUCUUCUGAAGCACGUUCUUCGUCAAAUAUCCAUUCGGAAAUAAAAGAAAGCCAAGCACAUACUUCAUCGGAUGUCCAUUCUGAAAUUGAAGAACACCAAGUCAACGAUUCUGAUAUAUUUGAAGAUUGUAAUAUAAUUUCAUCAGAUAGAGGAAAUUUUGGUGACAAUUUAUCUGAAUGCGAACGAAAAAUAAUUUUUAAAUUGGGUCCAUUUAAACCACAAGGACCAUUUCCAAAAGAUUCAGAAAGUAACCGACCUUUUUCGGCCUAUUAUUAUUCAUAUUUCAAUCAGGCAGACAUAAAACUUGUAAGACCAUGGUUAUGUUAUUCUAACGUUUUAAACAAACCGUACUGUCACUUCUGUUGGUUAUUAGCAGAUCGUCAAAACAAAUCGUACUCCUCUGCUUGGGUUAACGGUGUUUCGGUUAGAAGCAAUUUUAUGCAAACUAUACUUGACCAUGAAAAGUCACAGCAGCAUAUGAAUGCCUCACUCUCUUAUAAUAAUUGGUUGCAAGGAAAUACCAUCGAUACUCUAUUGCAAAGUGAAAUCAAUAGUAAAAUUACAUUCUGGAGAGAUGUACUGCAUCGUAUAAUUAAUGUUAUAAUUACUUUAGCAUCUUGUAAUCUAUCUUUGAGAGGGCAUGAUUCUGAUUCUGGAAAUUUUAUGGCAAUUUUACGUUUGCUAUCUAACUAUGAUGCAACUUUAAAAGAACUUCUUCUAAAACCGAAAAGCGAAAUAAAUUAUUUAAGCCCUACGAUUCAAAACGAAAUUAUUAGUUUUAACAAUAUUAUCUCAGAAAUUAAAAAAGCUCCAUUUCUGACAAUAAUUCUGGAUACAACACAAGACUUGUCAAAAAACGACCAGCUUUCUGUAGUUUUUCGAUAUAUCUCGGUUACAGAAAAUGAUGAUAAUGUGCCUAAAGAAAUAAAAAUCUGUGAGUCCUUUUUAGGAUUUAUAGCAGUAACCGAUUGCAGUGCUGCAGGUCUGAAAACUGACAUUUUAAAUUUGACUAAAGAAUAUGGAAUUGAUUUGACUAAAUGUAGAGGACAGGGUUACGAUGGAGCAAAUGUUAUGUCGGGUGUUUAUGGAGGAUUACAAACCCUAAUAAUAGAGCAUGCUCCAAAUGCCGAUUAUGUUCAUUGUGCUGCGCACGCUUUAAACUUAGUUUUAAACGAUGAUGCGAGACACGUUCGUGAAGUAUCGACUUUUUUCGAUAAUUUAGAAAAAAUAUAUACUUCUUUUGGCAAUAGUAUAAAACGCUGGGCUAUGCUAAGUGACGAUCCAUCUGAAAAAUAUUUGAUUACCCUUAAAAAGGUAUGUCCAACCAUAUAGUCUUCUAGGAACGACGCUUUAUUAGCGGUAAAGAAUUUUUUUUUACUAAUCAUGAAAACUUUGUACCAACUAAAUUUAAUUUCAAAUAAAAAAGAUGAACGUGAAGAAUGUAAAAAUAUAAUUAAUAUUUUAGGGAGUUAUGAUUUCUUAGUGCUCGUUACAUUUUUUUCUUCACUAUUUGAAAUUAUUAAUCCUAUUUCUAAAGCUCUACAGCAUGAAAAUAAUGACUUACAGAAAUCUAGUAUUUUAUUAAGUAAUCUUUUGAAUAGACUGUGCCAAUUAAGAAAUCAGAUUUCAUUUAAUGAGUCCAAAGAUUUACCAAAAGAGUGGGGGGUAACAACUGUUUUUAAAAACAGUAUGCGAAAGAUAACGAAGCGUUUUUUUUAUGAGUUUUCACAAGAUGAGAGAAUUUCCGACCCGGAAUCCUAUUUCAAAGUCAAUGUAUACUAUUGCUGUUUAGAUAUAUUAAUUUCUCAAACUAAAGAAAAAUUUCAGAGCCUUUGCGACCUGAGUAGUAUGUUCGAAAUAUUACAACCGGAGAAACUCCUAUCUUCUUCAAACGAAGAGAUAUUAAUCGCUUCCGGAAAACUGUCGGUUAAAUACAGUAAAGACAUCUCAGUUAAUCUUUGUGACCAAUUAAAGGCUCUAAAAACAUGCUUAAAAUCUGAAAUUCAAAAAAUUUAUUCCAUGAAAGAACUCAUUGAAUUAUUGCUAGUAAAAUUCAAUAGUCUUGCAUCUAGUUUUCCCGAGGUAAUCACAGCAUGCUUUUUAUUCUUGACCCUUCCAGUUACAACCGCAACUGCUGAAAGAAGUUUUUCAAAAUUAAAACUGAUAAAAAAUUACUUAAGAACUUCGAUGGGACAAGAACGGCUGUCAGACCUCUCACUAUUGUCCAUAGAGGUAGAAACUUUAGAAAAACUAAAAUCAUCAUCAGCCAUAAAUGAUUUAAUAAAUCAGUUUGCCGAAAAAUAGGCAAGGAGAAUGAAUAUUUAAAAUUUGAUUUUUAUUUGUAAAAUGGUUAAAUUAUGUUAUGAUAAAUAAAUAUUUCUUUUCACAAUAUUUUUUUUCUUUUGUGAAAAAUCUUUACCCCCAAACAAUAUAAGGGCCCCCAAAAAUUUUUUUAUACGGGGUCCCGCCAAUGCACGCUACGCCACUGGUUAGAGACACUAUGUAUCUGUCAAAAUUAGUUAAAGUGAACAUUGCUAUAUUGUUUCAUAUUAAUACAGUCAUAAGUAGUAUGACGAAGACCUCUAAUACUACAUGUUUUAGUAGUAGCACUACAAAUAUAAGUGUAGUAAAUAAUUUAAACAAUUAAUCAUGACAACAGAGAAAGAUUACUUAAUAUUAACUCAUCAAAAUAUAAAUAAUUUCUCUGGCAAAAUCCUUGACAUAUAUUUGACGGCGCGUCUCAUGAAAGUCAACGUCAAGAGUGACACCGUCAGUCACUCUAGCGGAGCGUCGUGACGACGGUAGCGAGGCCGACAAUUUUUACUUGGCUUUUGGUGGUACAGAACGGCCAGCGCACUACGUUUGCGACGAAUCGCUACAAAACGUGUUAAUCAGUGUAUCAGUGUAUCAGUGUUAUCAUGAGUUCAGAUGAAGGCCUUCCUGCGCUUUCAUAUUUUUUAUAGAAAAGAAUAAUAAACAUAUUUUAUGUUUUGAGAAGACAGGUUUAAAAGCUGAUAGAAUUGCAUUUAGUUUUAGCAGCCGAGCAUGCUUUAGUAAAAAAUACUGCAAAGAUUUUUGCCAGAGAGUAUGAAUGCUUGAAUUUUUUGUGACUCCAAACUAAUUCAAACAUUCGAAAAGACAAAUCAAAAGUGCUGUAAAUAAUCUAAAUGGUAAUGCUUUUUCUUACAUGCAAGAAACCACUAUAUGUGGGUUGGAGGCACUUAUUGGUUAACUGUACUUAGCUGGCCUCAUCAAAUCUAAUUGUCAAAGAUUGCAAGAUCUUUGGAGAAAUGAUGGAACUGGCGUUGAUAUAUUUCGUACCAACACAUCACUGCAGAGAUUCCAGUUUCUUCAAAAUGCUAUACGUUUUGAUGACAAGCUCACAAGAGAGCAGUGUAAACAAGUAAAUAAUAUGGCAGCCUUCAAAGCAUUUUUGACCAGUAUGUUCAAUGCAGUAUGUGCAUUUCAAUCACACGAUCACACCUUUCCGCAAUAUAGUUGCCGUCGAAUAGGACCGAGAUUGCGGAUACAUUGAUUCUGGGGAACACGAUAGAAACUUAGCUGCAGGGGGUCCACCAGUAUCAGCAAAAUUUUGAAAGUGAUCGAUGAGAAAAAAGUUUGGGAACCUCUAUAGUAAAGCAGGAGCAGGCACUACUAACGAUGGUAAUACGGCCCAGAUUUUUCAGAAAUAAAGCCACAACAGCGUGUAUCACUGGAAUUAAUGAGCAACUCAUAGAAAAAAAUUAUGUGAUUCUUCAAACCAUUGCACCUGAAGAGCGUAUUGAGCUUACUAUUUUUUUUUAUUCUGAAAUGAAGUCGCAGAACUAUACGCUAUAUUAUAUAUCUGGUAUUAUAUGCCAUCCAGUGUACACAGAUUAUCAAUGAAUGGAGCUGCUGACAUAAUUAAACAUUUUAAGGUCAUACCCAUUGGGAAACUGUCAGAAGAAGCCGCAGAAGCACGUAACAAAGACUUCCGAAACCAUAGAGUAAAACAUUCCCGAAAAAUAAAUAGAAUACCGACAAAUGAGGAUAUCUUUCUUACAUAAUCUUUUUUUGUCGUCUGAUCCAAAAAUCACUAGCCUUAGAUCACGCAUGACAAAAAAUGUUAUGAUUCUCUCUCCAAAAGCCAAAGAGCUAAAAUUUAUUAAUUUAGAGAAUAAUUUAGAAAAUUUACAAUAUACAUAGUAGUGAUAGUAAGUAGUUCUGGGAUAAGCCAUUUUUUAAUUAAAUUAUUUAUUGAAUUUUUCUCUUAAAUAUUACUAGUAAGUUACCAAUAAGCUUUAAUAAUUAUCAAAAGUAGUUUAGUUUAAAGUUCUAAAGUUUCUAACUUAGACAGUUUUGAUAUACAAGCUAUUAGAAACAAACAACUGCUUUUUUCAACCACAUACCUGUGUGAAAAGGCAUUCUCUACUCUUGUUUAUACAAAAAACAAAUACAGAAACAGAUUACAAGUAGAAUCUGAUUUGAGAUUACAGCUUAGUAGCAACAUCAACCUGAAUAUCCCUGAUUUGGUUGCAAAAAAGCAACACCAAUCUUCACAUAUUUUUUUUUUUCAUAAUAAACAGUUAAUAAUAAUAAUAAAUGUUUUAUUUGCACAAACAAAAUAUAACAAAUAGGAACACAUAAAUACUUAAUUAAAUUAUUAUUAGUAUGUAAUGUUAGUGCUUAUAACUAAUUUAAAACAAAACAAUUGAAAAGGGGCCCCAAACUAGGCAAUGCCUGUAUAUUGGGGACCAAAAUAUGAAUAUAAUGUAAUUUAAAUAAUGUUGUUCUCUACUUUUUUUAGUUAUAAUUACCUUCUGUAUUUUUUUUUAUCUGUAAUACUUAACUAAAAUAAAUACCUAAUCUGUUUUAUUUGCUGUUAAUUUUUUUGAAAAAUUGGGGGCCCGUGAAAGCUGUGCUUGAUUUCCUAAGGGUCCGUGGACUGAAAAAGGUUGGGAAAUGCUGCUGUAGACUAUACUGUGCUUGUGCCUCCUGUUAAUUGUGCCUUCUGUGUUGUGUGUUGGACAUUAUAAUUUAUAAACUGUAUGGAGUACUUUUCUUUUAUACCAUAGACACAUAUAAAAAUAAGGUGUGCAUUAAUUGUCCACCAGUCACUGGUGAUCAUAACUAAAACCCCUAUAUAAGGAAUUACUAUUUAUGGUGUUAUAAAGUAAAUGUUCAAACAAGACAGAAAUCAUUCCACAAAGAAGACUAAGCAAGUGAAUACUUAUUGCCCACAAUGCCCUAAUGAACCACAUUUCCUCCUAUCUUGUUUCAACGAGGAACAUAACAGAAUGUACCUUUUCUUUGGCCUCUCUGAUACUUUACUCUCUAAAUUAUUAUUUUUUAAUAAUUUUCUAAGCUGUAUAUGCCCAAAAUGUAAUUAUUUCAAACAAUAAAAAGUUUUUAGAAUUUCAACCCAAGCUGAACAUAGUUUUUUCGGGGCCUUGUCAGUUAAUUAUAAUAGAUAAAAACAAGCUAAAAGUGCUGGACAGCUCCAUGAGAUCAUUUAAAUUACAUACUUAUGGUGUCAGUCACCCGGGACUCACAUGGUCUUAAUAGGUACCAUAUCUGUCAAGCACCGGUGCCUGACAUGGUAGGUUACGUUUUAAGAAAUAGAGGACAGGAUCAAAAUACCUAGUCUUGCCAUAAAUAUUGUAAUAAAGAAAAAAGAAAAUUGUUAAC